UAACACGAAUCCUGAAAUGUGUUUUGCUGUAGCAAUGGGGCAUCCGGAUAUUCUUCUUGAAUUAACUUUCGCCAUCGUUAUUAUUUACUGCAUUCCCGAGAGUGCGUCGCAAACAACAAUAAAAGGAGAUGAUAUUAAUUACCAAAGCUCCAAUUUCACUUGUCUUAAUUUGACAUGCUACGGACCAUAUACGAAAUCCUGCAAUGACACACUUGACGAACCUUGCGUCUGCUACCGCGGUUAUGAGGGCAAAGAAUGUCUGUUCGAUAUCGACGAAUGCGGUCCUGGACACCGACCCUGUGGCACCGGAGGAUUGUGUGUGAAUUCAAUAGGAAGUUUCAUCUGCAACUGUCUGAGCGGCUGGGAAGGAGAGCACUGCCAGCACGCGGAUGGGAAUGCUACAAAAUGUAUUCAAGGAUGGACGGGGCCACAAUGUCAUGAUGACAUAGACGAAUGCCAAAAUUCGUCGUUAUAUUCAUGUGGAAUACACCAGCAUUGCAGUAAUUACCGAGGAAAUUACUCAUGUGAUUGUGAUGCUGGAUGGAGUGGAGAACACUGCGAAACAGACAUCAAUGAAUGUGAUAAUCCGCCGUGCCAAAAUGGAUCCACUUGCCACAAUCAAGAGGGUUCAUAUGAGUGCUUGUGCCCUGUCGGCUGGCAAGGUAAACAUUGCAAUCAAGACAUAGAUGAAUGUUUACAAAAUCCAUGCCAGCGAAAUGGCAGUUGUAGCAAUCGAGAGGGUUCAUAUGAGUGUGUUUGCCCUCCAGACUUGACUGGUAAAAACUGUACGCAGACAAAUUACUGUUAUUUAACACCUUGCGGAAAUAAUGCUACUUGUCUAAAUGAGCCAAGUUGGAGGAAUUGUUCUUGUCCUGUCGGCUGGCAAGGUGAAGACUGCAAUCAGGACAUCAAUGAAUGUUUAGAAAACCCAUGUAAGCACAAUGGCACCUGUAGCAACUCAAAUGGGUCAUAUGUCUGUAACUGCCUAAUGGAAUGGAGAGGACACGUAUGUGAUAUCGAUGUCGAUGAAUGUUCGGAAAACACAUCUCUCUGUAGACACGGAUCAACUUGUGCUAACAUCGAAGGUUCUUUUAUAUGUGAUUGCAGCAGUGGAUUCGCAGGUCACAGCUGCGAGACUGACAUAAACGAAUGCCUUUCCGCCCCAUGUCUGAACAACGGGACGUGCAACAACACCAUUGGUUCUUUCAACUGCGUUUGCGCUCAAACCUAUACGGGGAAGAACUGCGAAAAGGAGCUAUCCGCAAAUUCAGGUAAGGUAGCCGAUAACACGCCGGUCAUUGUCGGUGCCGUGCUGGGAAGCUUGGGUGCUGUUGGGGCCGCGGGUUUAGGCAUAUUUCUGUUCAAGAAAUUUAGCCCUUGGCGGUUCAACAAAACGCACAGUGACUUUUCGUCAGAUGGCUUAAACCAAAAAGAGACAGCUGAAGAAAAACCAACAAUGCCGGGACAAACAAAGUUUCACGCGACGUAAUAACUGAGGUUGAUAAGUGUGUAGGCGUGGACACAUGUGCGAUUAACCUGAUGACGCGUCACUUCAGAUACAGAAGUUUUAAAUUAUAAAGAGAAUUAAUAACUGAUUCCAUCCAGAUACAUUACUUUUUUAAGAUUCGUUUUCCUAGACUAUGUGUGAUUAUUGUGUAUACGUGUUAUGAUUAAUUAAAUUAAAUUAAAUUAAUGAACACUUUUCAUAAAUAAGAAAUGGUUUUGUUUUAUUCAUAUAUUUUUUAUAAUUCCACUCUUAUCUAUAUGAUUAUUGCUUUAUAAAAUAUGUUGAUAGUUUUUUAUGUUUACAUUUAGUGUUUUCAUAUAUCUUAAGGUAUUUUGUAAUACAAAAAUAAUUCUUUCAAUAAACAGAUUUUUGUUUCA